UGAACUGUACCUACGAGCUGCAUGCUUUGACAAUCAUGGAUGUGGUGGAGAGAAAUGCCAAUAAAACUCAAUUAAUCCAAUUUUGAUUCGCUGAUUAGAGAUAAUGCAACACCUUUAGCCUGAGAUAAAUCUUUGCUGUUGUGAGAUUUAAAUGAAGCUUAACAUAGUGAAUCAUCACAGCACGUGCGCGGAUGUCUGUCCAGAUAAAUCAUGGACUGGAUCUUCAUGUUUCCACCACCUCACUGACUACAACUGAAAUACUUGACGGACUAUUUUCUUUCAGGAACACUGUGUUUAAAAAAAUGAAACAAACUACAAACUUCCCUUUAAUAUGAAAACCGUUUUUUCUGACGCAGUCUAAGGCGGAGGUGAAGAAGGAGUCCGGUGAGUCCAGUCCGUCGGAGGGCGCCUGUCUCUGCUCUCCUCCGGGGGCCAAGAACCAGUGCGCCAGCUGCGGCAUGGAGAUCCAGGACCGGUACCUGCUCAAGGUCAACAACCUGAACUGGCAUUUGGGAUGUUUGGAGUGUUCAGUGUGCAGAGCGUCUCUGCGCCAACACAACAGCUGCUACGUUAAAAACAAAGAAAUCUACUGCAAACUGGAUUAUUUCAGUAGGUUCGGCACCAAGUGCGCCCAGUGUGGCCGGCAGGUGUACGCGAGUGACUGGGUGCGGCGGGCUCGGGGCAGCGUGUACCACCUGGCCUGCUUCGCCUGCUUCUCCUGUAAGAGGCAGCUGUCCACCGGGGAGGAGUUUGGCCUGGUGGAGGGAAGGGUGCUCUGCCGCAGCCACUAUGACAUCAUGCUGGACAACCUCCGCAGGGCUGCAGAAAAUGGCACAGGGCUGACUCUGGAAGGAGCGCUGCCCUCUGAUCAGGACUGCCAACCAAAACCAGCCAAGAGGGCGCGGACGUCGUUCACUGCUGAGCAACUGCAGGUGAUGCAGUCUCAGUUCGCUCAGGACAACAACCCUGACGCUCAGACGCUACAGAAGCUGGCAGAAGUGACGGGGCUGAGCAGACGAGUCAUACAGGUUUGGUUUCAGAACUGCCGCGCGCGACACAAAAAGCAGCCGCCACAGAGCAGCUUCUCUCAGAGCGCUCCGCUGUCCAGGAUGCCUCCAUCGCUGCCAGACGAUAUCCACUAUUCACCGUUCAGCAGCCCGGACCGACCGCAUCUACUGGCCCUGCACGGAUACCUGGACACUCAUCCCUUCUCCGUCCUCGCUGCCCCGGGCCACUUGACCCAUCCGUCCAUCUCUUUACCACAGCUUCCCAUCAGCCGCUGACUUCCUGCGUCUGCUUUUUGCAGCGUCACCACACUGAUGUUGUGAAAAAAAAAUCCACUGGGACGUACUGUCAGUAAUCUGCUCUGUUUGGGAGUCUAAUCCCCCGCGGGCAGCCGGGACCUCGGCGAUCUGUUUUCAAUCAAGUCGGAUUCUUCGCUGCGAGAGUUCUGAGCUCAGCUUUGUCUUAUAAAGACAGCAGACUGUGGCGAUUGGAGAAAUGUCCCACCUCCACGCCAACAUGGGAGUUUUUUUGUCUUGUUUUUUUAUGGUGCAGAGAAGAAGACCACUUUUAUUUCAUUUUUUUUCCUCUUUUUUGAUGGGACAUGAAACAUUGCAUCAGGUCAGGAUUUCUCCUUUUGUUUACCCACUCAUACAAGGUAUUUUAAUUAAAUUGCUGCAAAAUGAGCUCUCAGAAACGAAGGGAAAAAGCAGUGUUGUAGCAGUAUUUCAGUAAAACCUGCAUUUUUGUCUGUAUUGGUGAUGAGCACAUUUGCAGCUUUACUGUUGUUUGUUGUUGUGUUGUUGUCAGAAAAUGGAAACUCUUAUUUAUUCAGAACAAAACUUCACUUUUAAAAAGCACUUUUAAAUGUGUCUUGAAAUUGAAUAAUUCAGUGAUUGUAC